CGCGCAUAAUGGAUGUGCCGGAAGACCGUUUCUACGGCUCCCACACGCCGGACCGCUCCGACACCAACAGCCCGCGGUCUCACAUGAGUAGUCCCAAUUCCACCUCUUCCAUUAAUGUUACGGAUCAGUCGUUAGCGAUGUCACAGCAUCAGCAGAACUUGGAAACGUUAAAUCGUAUGGGAAUGUUCUUUCACGCGCAACAGAUGCAUCUUAACCAGAGUUUCGACGCCGUGAAGUCUAGGUUAGGCUUGACUCAAGUGCCUAGUGUUAGUCAGGGCCCGCGGCAUACGAUAGACGCAAUACUGGGGCUAAAUGGGACGAGACAGAGAGUGAGUGAGUUUGAACAGAGACGGGAGGACAGAGAUAGAGAGUGUGAAGCCGUACCAGUAUCGCCCGGAGCUAUUGAAAGUGCUGGUGAGGGUUCUUGUAACAGCAAUGAUGGGUAUCAGCAAGCAGUCGAAGAUAAAUCUGACGAUGAAGACGCUCCACGGCCUGGUUCAGCCGCCGAUAAAAAGAAGCACCGACGGAACCGCACCACCUUCACCACUUACCAGCUGCAUGAACUGGAACGGGCAUUUGAAAAGAGUCACUACCCUGACGUUUAUUCGCGAGAGGAAUUGGCCAUGAAGGUCAACUUGCCAGAAGUCAGAGUCCAGGUGUGGUUCCAGAAUCGUCGUGCCAAGUGGCGUCGGCAGGAGAAAAUGGAGGCCGCUCGCCUCGGAUUGUCAGAAUACGGCUGUGCACCUGUACCCCGUCUGUCUGCCCUUGGCUUGCCUGUUGAUCCUUGGCUCGCCCCACCCUUGCUUACUGCUCUACCAGGUUUCCUGAGUCAUCCCCCAUCAGGGUACCCAAGCUACCUAACUCCACCAGCGCCAUCGGUCCCUGCGCCACCAGCCCCAGGUGACCCGCGAUCAUCCUCCAUCGCAGCGCUGAGAAUGAAGGCCAAGGAACAUGUGGAAAGCCUUAGUAAAGGCCUGCAAAUGGUUUAGUGAUAUGCGUGUGAAUGCUGAACAUUUCUAAAACUUAUGUGAUUUGAUAUUUUAUUUCCCAAAUCUUUGGAAAAACUUUAUUUUUGAGCAUGAUGACUAUUCAUUAUCUAUGGAGCUCAUUAGUCUUUCUAUUUAAUGCUCUGACUGGAUCUAAAAUUAUAUCCGGCUGAAAUGUAUUGAUCAAUUGACAAAGAAAAAUACUGGAAACAAUUGGGUUUUUGAAAAAAAAAUUUUUUGUGAUAAUAUUUUUUUAUUUUUUUCGCAAUAAUUAAUAGUAAACGCUGUACUGUUAAAUUGCUUUAACAUUAUGACGUCACAUGAUGACCGAUCAUUCAUGGCGCGUUUAAAGU